AUGGCCAAGGGUAAAGAUGCCCGAGUAACGAUUAUUUUGGAAUGUACCAGUUGUGUUCGAAACGGUGUUAAUAAGGAAUCAACGGGCAUUUCCAGAUAUAUUACUCAAAAAAAUCGACACAAUACGCCCAGUCGAUUGGAAUUGAGGAAAUUCUGUCCCUAUUGUUACAAACAUACAAUUCACGGGGAGAUAAAGAAAUAG